AUGACAAACGUGUCCAUUGAAUUUUAUGAAGCUCCAGAUGGUACCUUUGGUAGUCCAACUGCUGCGAAUGUGAAUGGAAACUGGUCAGGAACCAUCGGUGAAAUAAUAUCUGGUCGUGCUGAUGUCAUGAUUGGCCCUUUAACAAUUACUCAAAGUAGACAUCAAGUCAUGGAUUUUACAACAAGUUUCUUUGAUGUUGGACUUUCUAUUCUAACUCUUAAACAAGGAGAGGAAUCUAAUUUAUUUUCAUUCUUAUUACCAUUCUCGUGGGAGGUUUGGAUUUUGAUUUUCUGGUUCGUUAAUCAAUGUAUGACAAUAUCUGGUCAAGACGGAAAUCCAGGUAAAAGCUGGUCAACCAGAAUCAUGUUGUUAGGUUAUUUCCUCUUUGUCAUGAUUAUUCUCUCAACUUAUACAGCUAAUUUGGCAGCCGUCCUGACAACAAAGGUUCAAUCCACAAGAGUUACUGGACUAUCUGAUAUCAGAACCUACGGAUUCAAGUUUGGUGUGGCUAAAAACUCUGCUCCUGCUUCUUACAUUUCCAGCAGUGAAGACAUGGCAGAUAUCAAAAAGAAUAUGGUUGUAUUCGAUUCCCUCGAUGAUUGUUUACAAGCUCUGAGAGAUGGAAAGGUGGAUGCUUUGAUUUGGGCAAGUGCCAUUCUCGAAUAUAUGGCCAAUCAACCACCAUGUGAUACUUUGGUCGUUGGUGAUUUGUUUAGUCCUGGAAAUUAUGGUUUACCUUUUGCUAAGGGAAAUUGGAUGAUUGGUCAUUUCACUUCGGUGUUGUUGUCGAUGAGAGAAAGUGGACUUGUUGAGAAACUCAAAAGGAAGUGGUGGAUUGAUAAGGGAAGCUGUUCAUUGGUUGAAUUGACACAAACAGCAACAGGUGUAAAGAUUCAAGACUUGGGAGGUAUCUUUUUGAUUUUGGCAGGUUUUGUAGUUGUUGGUGGUGUGGUUUUGAUAUUCGAAUUAGUAUAUAGGGCUGUAUAUGACAAGACAAAACACAAAACUAAACAUCUGAAAUAUCUGAAUAGAUUCUUGGGAGGUGAAAAGCACCUAGUUCAACGUGAGAAAGAUGUACAGGAAUUGAACACCACGAAUAUUGCAACUCCAACACUCGAAAAAGAUGGGAAUAUGAACCAGUAA